AUGAUUAUCUACAAGGACAUCAUCUCCGGUGACGAGGUUCUCGCCGACACCUACAACAUCAAGACCGUUGACGGCGUCUUCUACGAGUGCGACUGCAAGAAGUACCUCAAGAAGACCAACGAGGAUUUCGAGCUCGAGGGUGCCAACCCCUCCGCUGAGGAUGGCGCCGAUGACGGUGGUGAAGGUGGUGAGGUGAUGGUCCACGACAUUGAGGACCAGUUCCGCCUCGUCUGGCUCAAGCCCGAGGAGGGUCUUAAGCCUUCCAAGGAUGCCUUCAAGGGUCACCUUAAGACCUACAUGAAGAAGGUUCUCACCGCUCUCACCGAGAAGGGUGCCCCCGCCGAGACCAUCGCGGAGUUCAAGAAGGCCGCCCCCGGCGCUGUCAAGAAGAUCCUCGGCAACUACGACAACUACGAUGUUCUCAUGGGCCAGGCCAUGGACGGUGAUGCUAUGCACGUCCUGAUUGACUUCCGUGAGGACGGUGUCACCCCCUACGCCACUCUCUGGAAGCACGGUCUCGAGGAGAUGAAGGUUUAA